AUGCUUAGCCGACUCGGGCCUCCAAUCCGCGAAACGUUUAAUAAUGUACCAAGUCCACUGUCUGAUGCUGGCAAUCAUGACAACUACCAUGGCAGACGGCUUCGGACUAGUCUUUUCUCCAAAACGAGUGCUGCGAAACUGGCAAAUCCUGAAGAGCUGGACGAAGAGGAGGAGGCCGAGGAGCUGGGGCGGCAUCAGGAAGAGAACGAAGCGAAGAAGGAGCUUGAGCAUGAGGAGAAGUUGGCCCAGAGACCUGGUGCGACCUCUGACAUCGUCGAGUCCUCUUCGUCUUCACUUUCGUCUGACGCUGUGCUCCGCCACAAUCACCGUCAUCACCAUCAGCCACCUGCAGCCGCGUGGUCCUCAGGCGUCCGCAGCAAAUGGCGACGUCGCGUUGAUGCGAAUGCACCAGCCGGCCUCGGGGCUCGAGCCUUGACCGGAAAACGCUCCCCGAUGGUGGCUCGUCGCAACGCGGACAUUCUCGUCUUCCCGGCCUCGCCGACGACCUCGAGGAAGUCGACGACUCGAGGCUUCAACUGGCGCCGGUGCCCAAACACUUCAAGCCAGUCGUACGAAAGCAAGUUGGCUCAAGUUGAAGACGAAUAUUUCUUCUGUGUCUAUUCCAUAGAUUGCAUCCGA